UCAAAGCCAGUUCUGUCGAUUAUUGGUCACGGCGACGCUUCUUUUGAAAUGUCGAAACUGUGCAGAACGGCAGUUGUCGAUCCCUUGGGCUUCUUUGCCGCGCCAUCUUUCUGCCCAGCUUUCGAAGCGCGCUUGGAGAAGUGGAGGAGUGGGUUUGGGGUUUUAGAGACAGAGUCGUGUCGAAGAAACGUGGUGACAGAGUGAAGAGGGCAGAGUGUCGCAUACGGAGGAGGAAGAGGUUCAUGUCCAUCUCCAGCGGCUGGCCUCAGGGACUUGCACACGAUUUAGUGUGCAAAUAGAGUCCGGAAAGAAAGUUCGUCUGAUUGUUAUCUUGGGCUUCUAUAGACAAGAGAAAGUGCGGGAGGCGCGAUGCCUCGCUAUGCGCAACUAGUGAUCGGGCCGGCUGGGAGUGGCAAGUCUACGUACUGUCACAACCUAUACCAACACUGUCAGAGCGUGGGCCGAGUAAUACAUAUUGUGAAUCUCGAUCCUGCGGCGGAAACCUUCCGGUAUCCCGUGUCUGUAGACAUCCGCGAGUUGAUAUCCCUAGAGGAUGUGAUGGAGGAGCUGAAGCUGGGACCAAAUGGGGGCCUGGUGUAUUGUAUGGAGUAUCUUGAGGAGAAUCUCGAUGAUUGGUUGUCAGAGCAGCUGGAAGAUUACAUCGACGAUGACUAUCUUGUGUUUGACUGUCCCGGUCAAAUUGAACUCUAUUCCCAUAUACCUGUUUUACGGACAUUCGUCGACCAGCUGAAGAAGUGGGACUUCGCUGUUUGUGCAGUUUACAUGCUCGAUUCUCAGUUUGCUUCAGAUGUCACAAAAUAUAUCAGUGGAUGCAUGGCAUCGUUGUCCGCAAUGAUCCAGCUCGAGGUUCCUCAUGUGAACGUCUUGACAAAGAUGGACUUACUUCCCAGCAAAAGUAAUGUCGACAAGUUUCUUGAUCCGGAUGCGAGGUUACUGUUAGGAGAAUUGAAUGAUCAAAUGGCUCCUCGAUUUCAAAAACUUAACAAGGCUUUGGCCGAACUAGUUGACGAUUACUCAAUGGUGAGCUUCCUUCCCCUCGAUAUCAGGGAUGAAGAAAGCAUCCAGUAUCUGUUGUCACAUAUUGACAAUGCAAUUCAAUUUGGAGAAGACGCAGAAGUGAAAAUCAAAGAUUAUGACGCCGACAUGGGUGAAUCUGAAGACGCUGGCAACUUCGACAUGGGUGGCGAAGACGAAGAUUAGUGAACAGCGCUUAACAUUAUCCUGAUUCUGAGACUUGAUACACCACUGUAAAUUUGACUUACUGUUGAAUCGUCAUGACUAGCAACGGGAUCUCGCUAACAAAAAAUAACUUAGAAUAACUAGUAUUAGGACCAACGUGAGCAGAAUCAGGUGCAAGCAUAUCUAUUCCAUGUCGCUUGGAGGCGUAUCUGGAGAGAAUUUAUCCUCCGCAUGUAGGAGAGUAUGUCUAAGAGAAGUGGAGAAGCCAGUUUUGUCAGCACUUGGGAUCAUUGAGUUCUCAAAUGUGCAGAAUUAUAUCUCUAAUCGUCUAUUUUUGAACAGGAAGACGGAGGUUUUAAAAAUUGUGUUGAUGCUGUAAAUUUAAGUCUUGAAUAUUGCGAAGCUUAUUGCUCUUGGAAGAAAUUGACGCAAUUGAGUGUUCAACGUCACUCUCUGCUAUCUUUUUCAGCAUAUAGAAUCGAAAAUUCUUAUGAGUGAAGGCAGGUAGUGUUUCUACUCUUUCCGCUUUUUUAUAAUCGAUUUCA